CUCACGACAUGUCAAAGUUGUCAAAGGGCCGUCAAACAGCACGAUUGAUUUGUUUUCUACAUCUCGUUAUCGGUAUUUCAGCAAUUACGUGGUCUCGAAUGCAGUUUUAAAGUUUAUGUUUAUCCCUAUCUCAGCAUUAAAACAUCCUACUUAAAAUAUAACCGUGCAUUUUAAUUAUAGCGAAUCUCAUUUUGUGUUUGUGUACGGCGCAGUGUUUCAUCGGUAGUUGUACUCUCGGUGUUCUUAAAUUAAAAUAUUUCAAAAUAGUUCCAAGCUAAACAAAGCUGAAGAGACGAGACAGGCAGUGCCUACCAUCCAGCCUGAAAACCGCAUUGUCCUGGCGCGAAUAUCAGAAGGAGAAUUCUUACAGAGUUACAAUGUCGGUGAUGGUAAAAAGAUGGUACCGCUCACGCAGAAGUCAGUUCAUUAUUUUUACAAUAACGUUACUCUGCAUUUUAUACUAUUUAAGUUUAAACGCCAGUUUGCAAAGAGAACCCGAUCUGGACUUAACUAGGCGCACCAGCUACAGUAACGCAAGCAGCUCGAAUGUGUCUAAAGUAACUAAAACAGUAGAUAAUCUUAAUAUUCAUAGCAGAACAUCUGUGAUUAAGUUUAUAGAGAACAGAAUUGAAGAGGCGUUAAGAGAAGAUAAAGGGAGCGGGUGUGAGAUACCCCACCUCGAUCCUUUUGCAAAGGAAAUAAUGCAGUUCGAUAAAAUCUUGCCUCCCAUCACGUGUAAAGGCCAGGAUUGGGUACGAUGUUAUCACUCCGAAUGUAGAGUAGUCAAAUCAAUACUGGAAACUACGAAAAACGUAGUUUGUAAAUACCAAGAUAUUAUAUACGAGAGUGAUCAUAAAUAUCACCUGGGUCCACCCACUCAAGUUGACGGAGACAAACCUUAUAUACUCGACAAGAGUGACCAUGUUAAAAUCAAAUGUACUGGGACACACGAGAAGAGUCUUCUAAGUUCGACAUGGGUGGGCUACACUCUAGGCUUCCGAAAGUCGGUGGAAAGGAAGCCGGCGCCUCCGUUCAGGGAAGACACACUAAACGUGCUGAUAUUCGGCUUCGAUUCGACUUCCAAAAAUGGCUUCAUCCGAAAAAUGCCUAAGUCUUACAAAUACCUGAAAAAUACUGUCAAAGCUACGAUACUUGACGGAUACAACAUAGUUGGAGAUGGAACACCCGCCGCUCUAUUCCCCAUUUUAACUGGCAAGACUGAAUUAGAGUUGCCAGAUGCAAGAAAAAAAUCCAUAACCAACGCCACGCUUGAUUCUAUGCCUUUUAUAUUCUACAAACUUAAGGAAGAUGGAUACCGGACAGCGUAUUUCGAAGAUAUGCCUUGGAUUGGAACAUUUCAGUACAGGUUCAAGGGUUUCCAUCGUCAACCGGCCGACCAUUACCUCAGGUCUUUUUACCUUGAGGAGGCUAAUGGAAGGAAAGGGUGGGGAACUGCCUCCAAGUACUGUAUAGGGGACACUCCUCAGUUCCAACUCAUGAUGAAUAUCACUGAUCAGUUUCUCCGGCUAGACGGCAAGCGUUUUGGUUUCACGUUCAUAGCGGAUAUAACUCAUGAUAACGCGUACAUGAUCUCAGUGGCCGACGAUGCCAUGGUCAGAUUCCUUCAGACCCUGGAGAACCGGAACGUUUUCGAAGACACACUGUUUAUUCUCAUUGGGGAUCAUGGACCUAGGUACGCAGAACUUCGUAAUACUUUGCAAGGCAAGUUAGAAGAGCGCUUGCCUCUAGUGGCGAUCCGUCUCCCAGACCGCCUCGUGAGGUCGAGGCCUCAAGCGAAGGCACAGUUGGAGGAAAACUCGCGAGUCCUGACCACCCCUCACGACCUACACGCAACUAUACUAGAUGUAUUGGACUGGGAUCAGUAUAGGAACCCUUAUAAGGUGGCCGGAGCUGAUCUGCCGAGGGCCUUGAGUCUGUUGGAGCCGAUUCCUAAGAACAGGUCGUGUAGCGAGGCGGGCAUACAGCUGCACUGGUGCGCAUGCGUGAAGUGGAAGAAUGUCACCGACCCCACUAUGAUACAGCGGACGGCUCAUGCCUUCGUGGACUUUAUCAACUCGCUCACAGAGUCACAAAGGUCCAAGUGUGUCCCCCGUACAUUAAAAUCAAUUGAAUGGGUGAUGAGCCAGCGGCCGAACAGUAGGAUGUUGUCGUUCGUCUCUGCUAAGGACGCCGACGGGUAUGUUGGCAAGUUUGGCGCCCAGCUGCAGAUAGCAAAGGAAAACUAUCAGUUGAAGGUGAUAGUCGGUCCGGGUCACGGUAUAUACGAGGCUUCGAUGACUUAUCUCAAGAAUGAGGACAGAUUUGUCAUCAACUCCCGGGACAUAUCAAGGACAAAUGCUUACGGAGAAGAACCCAGUUGUAUAAGUGCAACGAACCCACAUUUGAACAUGUAUUGUUAUUGUAAGGACUAUGUGCCUAGCGACUAAAGGGCUAAGCCACAGAAGGGAACAUGAGCGGAGAUGCCAUAAGGCAGGUAGGUCAGUCGCCUUCUUGUAGGUCAAGUAACGUUAGGCGUGACGACCAGUUACUGGUAAAGUAACGAGAUUUGAGACAUCUGUCAAAUAUUGGGCGUGAUAAUGGGGGCUACCAUUUUUUGUUUCACCAGAUGACGCAACUGUAGCGUGAGGUCCUAAACUACGGCAAUCAAAGUUCGUAUUAUGAGCGCCAAAACUUAUACUUAGAUGAUUAUAUUAGAUCAUAUUUAAUGCAAUAGAAAUAUAGUGUAAACGUAUUGGCGAUUUGCUCGAAAAAAGAAAGGCGGACACAAGUUUCCCAAAGAUAAAAGUGUGUCAAAGCAGUGACAUUUAUAGCACCCUAAUCUGUAUUUGCCAUAAUUAAUCUAAAGUAUUGUUAAAUAUUCACAAUAUUAAUUUAAUUAGAAAUAUAAACCCUCGCGCGUAAACAAACAGUGGCAUUUGACGUUUCGAAGACCUCACGCUACACAAGCGCCUCUAGCGGCGAUUUCAUACGCGGUAGCCCUCAUUGGCGAAAAAUGGGCGGGUUCCGAAGAAGGCGUGUAGCUAGCAACGUAGCAUUUUGACUACUUUCUUAGGAGAUUUUGCGUUAUGACAUCUCCGCUAGUCAUUUUGUUCUCCAUGGUCUAAACACACUUCCGUACAUCGUGAUACUACUAAAGGCACAUUUUCACUGAUAGCAACUGUUUACUUUGAAAAUUGUAUAGCAAACAGUUGUUUUAUGAAAACUGACUGUUGUCAGUGAACUUGAGCUUAAGGCAACUAGAGAUUUUAAGCAUUUUACACUGUCCAAACUAUUAUCGACAUUGUAACCUUUAGAAUAACUAAUAUUAUAAACGCGAAAGUAUGUAUUUGCAGAUGUUACGCAAAAAUACUGGAUGGAUUUUGAUAUUCAGCAGUACUACAUCUUUAUCAGAAUAACACAUACGAGUGAAACCAUUGGCGAAAGCUAUCUCAAUAGGAAUAAGGUCGAUAAUAGUUAGAUAGAUAAAAAAAAUAAGUAUAUUGUUAUCCGGCCCCUACUAAUGGCAGUUUCCAAUAUGCUAUCUAUCCACUAGAGAUAGGAAUUAGACAUAAGGGUGCGUCUACACGGCGCAUGUAGCUGGAGCAAGUCAUACACAAGUGACAAGAGCACGCGGGUGGGUAUUUGCUCUGGUACAUACGCGAGUCGCUGGACCCGCACGGUUUUAAAAUACAUGUAAUCUGCGCAUGUACCUCAACAUGCGCAAGCUACUUGCACCGUGUAGAUGCACCCUAACCUUCAUGGGACUAUUGUAAAAUGCCUAUCUCUAGGUAGCGAAACAACAGUUAGAUAGAAUAUCGGGAUCUGGUGUUAAAGUAAUCUAUGAAACUAGUGUUUAGUUUUAAGUUGACCUUCAAAAUUGGAUAUAAGAUUAUUCAUGUUUAAAAAUGCAGUAUUUCGGGCCAGAAAAAAACAUAAAUCAAUACAUAAAAUAACACAUUUAAAAAUCUAUUGGAUGUAAAUGUUUUAUUUUUCUUUAUAAGAAUAAUUUAAUAAAAAUCUUUGUUUUGAAAAUCCGAAAGAUUAAACUCGAAACUUUUCAACCUUUCUCGAGAUAAUCUCACACUUAUUUUUUAUAUGAUUUAAUGUUAAUUUAAUGAUUACCAAAAACAAUGUGGUUGUGCCUUUAACAAUUGGUACUUAAGCGCACAUAAUAAUAUAGUGCGGACCAACAUUUGCAUAUUUAAGUUAGAUUUUAAGUGAUUUAAUACUAAAUAGCACUGUUUGCGUAGCACGCAACGAAAUAAUUUAUAUUAAUUACGAAAAAUAAAUGCUAAAAUACCUUGUUUCUUCCAUAGAUUACUCUUUCAACGAAACAUGAAAGAUGAUUGGCUCAAAAUACUCUAACGAAUAUAAUUCAUAAUUUCUUACGUUAAGGAUAUGUUUCGAAAGUUAUUCAUUUUAAGGUUCAUAAUUUUAUUUUUUAUAUUUCUGAUCUAAUUCUAGAUGUAACGGUCAGUUUUCUGGAAGUAGUUUUUUUUUUUCAAACAAUUUCGACUUCAUUAUUAUACAAUAUUGUUAACUUACAAAAUUAUUAAAGGGUAACUGGGUUGAGGAGGUCAGAUAUACAGUCGCACCAUGUGGCACUCUGGUACUCAGCUGCAUCCGGUGAGACUGGCAGCCGACCUCAACAUGGUUGGGAAGACGCUAAAUUUACGUUUGAAGUUAUGAAUAGCAAUCAAAAUUGUUUGAAUACUAAGUUAAUGUGACGUUACACAUUAAGUAAAAUAUAGCUAAAAUCUAAUCUGAAUACAAUAAAAAAGUCGAUUUUUAAUUUUUACAUAAAAUAUCUCGUAUUACUGUCUCACUCACUCAUUUACGUUUUAAUAGUUUUUUGCUCGCUCUAUCUUGAAUCAGCCAAUUCCAAAUUUUCUUGGCGAUUAUUUGUUUUACCUCGAAUUUAUACUUGUAAGUCGCUUCUGUGAAAAUUACGACUACUCACAAAAUUCAGAUUAUUUCAGCUACAUUGGACUUACGUGUACUCUGUAAAAAUGAAAAUAACAUUAUUUAGUUUACCGUCUAGUCUUAUAGAAAUGUCUAGAAGUAAUGAAAAAGUCAAUGCAUAUAAAUUAGUGAUACAACAAUAGUAUUUAGUAUUAAUAGUUUAAUUUUAAUAUGUUUGGUUUUCCUUAACUGUUUAGAUAUAGCAUAGCAAAAACAUUUUCAGAGAUUAAUGGUCCUUUGUAUUUAGGUUCCUAAAAUAAAUAAGUAUAUCUAAUUUUUCCAUGAUAUUGUAAAAUUACUGAGAUUUACCUUGUUUUGUACAACUGUAAACAAUAUCUGGCAAAGCUGGUCAGAAUAACAAUUUCAUAAUUUUCGUUGUUAAUUUUAAGUGUAAAGAAAAAUUAUUCUUAUUUCUAUAUUUUUUAUGUUGAAAGAUUAUAAAAAAAUAUUUUUAUAUUGUUUCGCAUUACUCAGCAAACAGUCGUUUUAAUGUAUUCUCAUUAUUCAUUUAAAGUAUAAAUAAAUUUAAGGUGUCUAUAAUUUGUUUUUGUAGGAUAGGUAGAUAUUAUGAGAUGAUGUUACCAAAUGUUUGUAUGGGAUAAAGAAAUCAGCCGAGUAUUAUUAUAAAUUUAAUAUUAAUGUAUGCUCGAAGUUUAGCUGUUAACAUGCGUAUUUUUAUGACAAUGUAACCCCACUUGUAAGUAGCUUCUGUGAAAAUUACGUACGUUGUAAGAAAUUACUGCAAGCGACUUACAAAGGGGUUUUACAUUUGUAGAUUCAUCGUAAAUUAAUUACGUUAGCAAAACUAUGAAGUGUAAAGCUGGCCUGAUUUUAAAAUACGCUAACUUUUAUUUUGCCAAAACAUUUGAAAUUAACCUGUAAUGUUAUUAUAUUGUACUCGAAAGCAUUGAAUAAUAAUUGGUUUGUUUUAUAAUUUAAUUUACACAUCACUUUUUUAAAUAGACAUUAAUAAAAAUACUCGAUAAGUUCUCGAAAUUAUGUUUGAUGAUGACACAAAUAAUAUUCAGUUGGCAUUUAAGUAUUAUUAUAUUUUUAUACUGUCCCUGUGUUAAAUCUUAUUUUUGUGAACCUAGUUCAAGUGUUUAUUUACAUUUACUAACACCAUGUAUUUUAUUUUUUAGAGGUUGUAAGAGUAACCUCGGUUUUCAAUUCUGUAACAUACAGUACCUAUGUCUUACUGGAAUAAACUUCAUUUAAGUUUGAAAGUUCCUUUAAGAUAAUAAAAAAAAUAUUAUACCCAUA